AGUUCAGCAGGGGGAUCGAUACUCCUGUUCAGUUAUUGUCAUCUCAAAGCACUGCUGUGUCACAAGAACAUUUAAAUCACGUUUGUGCUCAUGGACGAAUUACAGGACAGUGUGGUGUAACACGUGACUCAAUGCGGAAGUGACGUCAGAGUGUGCGUUGACCGCAAACAGCAACAACAAGCUCAUAUUUACACGUUUACUAGCUGAACCAGCGCUUAAACAUUGAUUAUGAGUGUUUAACCAACAGGUGUUGUGAAGUACAGAUGAAGAUGUGACCACUCAGCAUGAGGAUCUGAAGACAUGACUGUCGCAUGGCGUCUCGACUGCUGCGUGCUGCACUUAUGGCACAGACCUGGAUGGGCGUCUGCCACUUUCUCCAUUUCUCCCCUGCGGAACCCGUUCAGUAGCUGCAGAGAACGACUGACCUGGAGACACAGCCAAGGCCGGAGGUUCUGCUUCUGUAAGGUGGGUUCACUCGGGUAUCGUGUUGGGCUUUACACAAACAUCUCCAACUUCAGCACGUCGACAUGCCACGGGUCCACGGACCUGAGAUACCGCAUGUCCCGUCUGCGGAGCACUCUGGACUCUGUCUCAAAAGUGGUGAGCGAGACACAAACAGAGAUUAUGUCUCGGAUCACCCGAUUCAAAUCCGGCAGUGGCCAGGAGGGCAAAACGAAAGAGACUGGUCCAGAAACAACAGCAAGUGCAUCAUCACCCUCAACAACACCUGCUAUAACUCCACCUGCGGAUUUAACGCAGACCACCGCUCCUGCUAAAAACGAGCAGAAAGUGAUCAAUAAAAUAACAGGAACAGCCCAGACCAAAACUGUUGCUCCGCCCACCAACACUCUCAUAGCCAAACAGACCACGCCCCUCUUCCACCCCGGGUCAGUCAGCGUCCAGCUGGGCAAGACCUACAACUACCUGUCUCACCAUAUCAACUCUUACUUUGGCAGCUUACUUAAAACAGAAGAGACUAAAUCAAACGUCAAAGACGUCGUCCCAUCUGCAUCCACCCGACAACAGGAAACGGGUCACAUGACCCUUUUGCCAGUGAAAGAACAGCGGGCGACAUCUGUGGAACCACUGACCGCCUUCUCUCCCAGUAAAGGACUCGGGAAUUACUUCAGCUCCUCUGCGCCGAGCGUUCAAGCGUUAGUAGGGAGCUACAUCGCCUCGCUGGUGCCCAGGUUUAAGACUGAACCCAAAAGCAUCCCAGUAAAGGCAGAUACACGUUCUCCUGAUGUGGAUACUGCGGUGAAACCAAAGGAAGCACCAGAGAAAGAUCAGAGAGCUGCAGAGGAGAAAGCCAGACGCCUGCUGAUCCAGAGAGAGAAGAUCAUUGCGCGUGUGAGCGUGGACAAUCGAACUCGAGCUCUGGUUCAGUCUCUUCAGCGAGCGUCAGACGUGAAGCUCUACAUCAGCAGAGUGGAGGAACUCAUUCUUCAUCUGCUGGAGUUCCCAGAAACACGAUCAGUCGCCGUCAAGGAGAAGGUGAUUCCGUGUCUGCUGCGGUUGCGUCAGGCCAGUGAUCCGUGUCUGAAGGCGGCUGUGAGAGAAGCUCUGGCUCUGGCGGGUUAUAUCGAGCCGGUAAAGAACAGAGGAAUCCGGAUCUUGUCCAUCGAUGGAGGAGGAACCAGGGGUCUGUUGGCUCUUCAGACGCUGCACAGGUUGGAGGAGUUGUCAGGGAAACCCAUCUAUCAACUGUUUGACUACAUCUGUGGUGUCAGUACAGGUGCAAUAUUAGGCUUCAUGUUGGGUGUUUUCCACUUUCCUCUGAAGGAGUGUGAGGAUCUCUACAGGAAGUUGAGUUCUGACGUCUUUAAGCAGAAUGUGAUUGUGGGAACAGUGAAGAUGAGCUGGAGUCACGCGUUUUACGACAGUGAGAUCUGGGAGAAAGUGCUCAAGGAGAAAAUGGGCUCAGAUCUUCUCAUUGAAACAUCUCGUGACCCCGACUGCCCAAAGGUGUCAGCUGUGAGUACAGUGGUGAACAGAGGUCCUCCAGUGAAGGCGUAUGUGUUCAGGAACUAUAAUCUUCCUGCCGGUGUGCGCUCACAUUACCGCGGCGACUGUCGGCACAAGAUGUGGGAGGCCAUCCGAGCGUCCUCUGCCGCUCCGGGAUAUUUCCAAGAGUUUGCACUGGGAAACGACCUGCAUCAGGACGGUGGUCUGCUGAUCAAUAACCCGACGGCUCUGGCGAUUCAUGAGUGUCAGUGUUUGUGGCCAGGCGUCCCACUACAGUGCGUCGUCUCUCUGGGAACGGGACGCUUCGAGACAGCUGGCAAAAACAGCGUCUCUUACACCAGCCUGAAGACCAAACUCACCAACGUCAUCAGCAGUGCCACAGACACGGAGGUGGUGCACACGAUGUUGGACGCUCUGCUCCCACCCCACACGUACUUCCGUUUUAACCCGUACAUGAGUGAGGACGUGGCGCUGGACGAGAGUCGUGAUGAGAAACUGACGCAGAUGCAGUGGGAGGGGCUUCAGUACCUGCAGAGAAACCAGGAGAAACUCAGACGAGCCGUAAACGAGCUGAAACGAGACAAGACUUCAGCGCAGAGACUCAGUGACUGGCUGCGACUCAAAGUGCACAUGUACAAACACUAACACAACCUUCCCAUGAUCCUUCACUCCUCAAGACUAAAGACACUCAUGUCUAGACUGGUAUUUAUUGAGGUCAUCGUUACAGUUCAUGUAUUUGAGUUUCAUCUGUGUUUCACAGCAGCAUUAUAGUGAUUCUUUAAGAGAUGCUCCAGUAGAGAUAUCAGUGCCGAUAUUAAUAACCAUUCAUUAUUUUCAUGUUUAAUAACUGAAAUGAUGGCCAAUAUAAAUGUGUAUUAUUUUACCUUUUCAAAAACAUGUUCACUUUAAAAAUCGGUAGUAUUUAGUAGUGUUUUAUAUAUGCACGAUAAAGAUAAUAUACAGUAAAAAAAAGAUUCAUAAUUGUUGUAAAAUGGUAUAGAAAAAGAGUUUAUUGUUUGAAUUGAUAUUUUCAGAUUGCAGUAUUGAUGCUGAUCAUAAAAUCUUGCUAACACUUUACAAUAAGGUGAUAUUUCCUAACAUUAGUUAAUGCUUUAUGUAAUAUGAACUAUCAGUAUUUUACAGCAUUUAUUAAUCUUAAUGUCAUUUGUAAAACACAAUUGUUUAUUAAUAGUUCAUGUUAGUUCAUAGUGCAUUAAGUGAUGUUUACUGUACAUAUACAACGUCUGAUUUUUAAAAUGUAUAAUUUAUUUAAAAAUUAAUGUUAAACAAGAUUAAAAAAUGCUGUAAGUGUUGUUCAUUGAUAGUUCAUAUGAACUAAUGUUGUUAAUUAUUGUUAUCAAAUUAAACCUUGUUGUAAAUUAUUUCCAAAAUCUUUUACAUUAUCACAAAUUACUUGAAAAAUUACAUAUACAUACAUUCACUCAUAUUUAAUGCUACAAUACAUAUCAAUAGGACUAAAACAGGAUAUUAAGAACUAUAUCACAUGUUACAAAUAAAAGGAAAUACAGAACAGUUAAUUAUGGGGCAUUUUAUGCUUGUACGUUUAGAAUUUCAGGUGUAUUUUUGUCAUUUUUGCCCUGAGCCCCCGUCUAAUUUCUGACCGUUUCAAUGUUAAUAUUCUGAUAUUGAAAUAUUCACAGAUAUACUGUGCAGCUCUAGUCUCUCACACACACACAUACAUGCACCACAGAAGCACACUCACACAGACACACAUACACACACACAUACAUGCACCACAGAAGCACACUCACACAGACACACAUACACACACACAUACACCACACAAGCACACUCACACUCACACACAUAGACACACACACACACUCAUGCACACACACACAUACACCCACACAUACACCACACAUGCACACUCACACAGACACCACGCACACUCACACAGACACACAUACACCACACUUACUCACACAGACACACACACACAUACACCACACAAACACACAGACACACACACUCACACAGACACACACACUCACAUACACCACACAAGCACACUCACACAGACACACAUACACCACACACACACUCACACUCACACACACACUCACACACACACAGACACACACACUCACUCACACAGACACACAUACACCACACACUCACACACACACACACUCCAAGUAUGAAUGGAGCUGAACGCUAGAAUAAUCUCAUGUUUACCUGAAACAGAAAUGAGGAUUAUUGUAGUGUGUGAUUGAUCACAUGUACAGAUGAAAUGUGAACGCACUUGAAACAGCCGGACCUCAAACACUCGCUGUAAUCACAUGAUUAAUGAUGUGUGAUGAUACAGACAGCUGUUUAUUUCUGAAGAUUACAAGCAGCUCAUAUCUCGCUUGAUCUGCCUUUAUUCUGCACACACAAACACAAGCAGCACUUCACACACACAGUGUGUAAAACUACAGGCUGAAUUAUUAAUAAUAAGAAACAGUUCAAAUGCAGCUGUUCAGUUUUACUGGAAAGGUUCUGUGAUGUGAGAAUCCACUCGUGCGGUCACGCCACACUUUUAUUCAUCUGAUUUUAUUCUUGUAAGUGGAUGUGAUUUAAAUGCUUAUAAAAGAGCUGCUGUAUUAAAACACAUCAGACAGACGUACAUAAUAGCAGAACUUUAUUACACAAACAAGGUGUUUAAUCUCACAAUCAGAACGCACAAUGAUAAUAAUCAUGCUAAUAUUGAUUGUGAUGUUUAGUUCUAGUGUAAGACACUAUAGUAGAUUGUUUGUCUUGUUUCACUGAUAUUGUGAUUUGACAUUUAAUGUGCACUUUAUCAUAUUCAGUGUGCUGUCAGAGUGCUGCGUGAUGCUCAGAUUUACGAUCUGAUUUGUUGAGUUUCUCACGAGCUACACAGGAAAUAAAUCAGAUUGUAUUUUCUGUAAGUCACAGAGUGAACAUCUGUGCACAUUGAACAGUUUUACAGUGUGACUGAAGCUGAUAAAAACUCGGUUUGACUUCUGAAGAUGCCGGAUGACUGAUUUGCUUCCAAUAUUAUUAUAUUAUUUUGUCCUGAAACAUGUGGAUUCUGAUAUCUCAAUGUAAUAAAAGUUGAUCUUUCAUCCUCUUUAUAUAUUUA